AAUGAAUAUCAAAAUAUCAAGUCUAUAUCCUUCUGUUCCGGUUUGACACAUCUUAAUAAAUACGCAUUUCCAUAUUUCUCCAAAGUAUACAGUGAGUGGACUAUACGCAAGAAAACUGAUGAGAGGAUAAAUAGGAUCACUAAAGAAAAUGAUAGGCUAAAACGUAAACUUAAUGUAAGAGGUAAUAAUAAAGAGAUAUAUUCAUCUGAUGAAGGUAAUACAGAAAAUAACAAUGAUGAUAACCUUGAAUCAAGGUUCAAAGCUGUUAAAAAUAGCACAAAGAAACUUUAUCUAGGUAAUGAUACGGGAUUAAAAGCGGGAGAUAUCUAUACAAUAGGAGAGAUAAUCGAUGAGGUCAACCCAGUAACGGGAUUUUAUGUUUUACGUGCACAGAUAACGAAUAAAACAUACGGGAUCACAACAUGGGUCAAGUUUACAAACUUCGAGGUGUUUUUUGAUAUUCUCAUACCACCCAAUCACCCAAAUCCCAAAGAGUAUUGUAAUAUUUUAAUCAAAACAAUGGAGUACACAAAUGCUAGACAUCCUAAUAGCACAUGGGUAAAGAUGACCAGUUUGAUAAAAGAUUACCCGAUAGUUAAACGUAAUGAUGGUAAAGAGUAUUUACGAAUUAGAUUCACAGAUCAUAGUAAGCGAAGAUCUGUUAUCCAAGCCAUUUACCAGGAUAAAUUCAAGUCAUAUACGAUCUGUGAAGACUCACUUAGUGGUUUCUUUAUACUUAAGGAUGAAGCGCAUGUACUCUUAAUAGACGAAUAUGAGAACUGCCUUAAAUAUGACAAAGAUGUUAUAUUUUUAGAUGAUGACUUCUUUUGCAAUGAGAUAGUAUAUGCAUUUGAUCUGAAAACGACAUUUUUACAAAACUUCAAUCAUGAAAUUAAAAAAAAAGAUAUGAUUGGACGUGGUAGUACCCCGUUUGACCGUGCAUACAUGAACAUUAGUGUUUUUACCCAAGGUAAUGAUCCUGUGCUACUGGGAGUGAUUUGCCUGCUCGAUACCAGAACCGAUACACCACUUCGAUAUGAAUCGGAAGAGAAAAUCAAGGAAAGAAUAUGGAAGAUAGUGAAUGACAUAACAAAGUUUCAAAAAGUUGACCCUGAGACUAUAAAGACCAUGGUAAAUUUUUCAGAGAAAAAUUACGAGGAAAUGGUCAAGGCGUUUGCAAAGAUACAGAAUAACAUCAAAUCACAUGUGAUCAUUGGCAAUAAUUCAAAUGGAUUUGAUAUGCCAUUCAUUAUGCAAAGGUUGGAAUGGCUUGGUAGUACAAUGAUAGAAGAAUUUUAUAGGAUAGCGACCGAUGCGAUAGAAUAUACUUAUAUCAAGUUUGACGGAACACUGUUCUGGGACUCAAUGACAAUAUUUCAACGCGAGUUCUCUGGGCGUCAGAGUAGUUUAAAUUACAUGCUUGAUACUCUAGAGAUCCCUUCCAAGAUCGGGUUGAGUUACAGACGUAUAGAUAAGAUUGUAUCGCUUGCUAUUGAAAUGGCCAAGAUUCAAGAUAAAAUAACCAAAUUAAAUAUUGAUUUGAUGGAUUACCAUAACAAGAUCGAAGAACUUAAUUCAAGACAAGAUGCGAUGAUUUAUAACUGUGAAUAUGUACAACCAUUCCGUGAUGGUAAAACAAGCAUGUUGAAUUGUCUUAUAGCUAAGAAGUAUAAUAAGGAACAUAAUGACAAGCCGGUAUCGUACAGUAUCAAAGAUAAGAAGAAAUUUCAAGGUGCAGAGGUAAUCGACCUAGAGACCGGGUAUUAUAUGGAUCUUAUUUAUGUACUUGAUUUUGCAAGUUUGUACCUGUCGAUAAUACGUGAAUACAAUAUAGGACCUGAUACGCUUAGAUAUAAAAAGCCUAAUGAGAAACAUCGAGUGGUACAUCUCAUAGACAAUAACGUGAGAACAAAUCAGGAUAUAUACUUUAUCCAUGAGGAUACUCAAGAAAGCAUCAUACGAAACAUUCUCAUGGAUCUGAUAAAAAAGAAAAAAGAAGCCAAGAAAGAGCGUGACAAGUAUAUUGGGAGUAAUGAUGUGAUGUAUAAUAUAUUAGAUCAGAAGCAACUUGCAUAUAAAGCAUCAGCAAAUGCAUUAUACGGAGGCCUAGGUUCCCCGUAUCUUGGUAUUGCUAUACCAGUGAUAUCACAGUGUAUAACCUUUGUUGCUCGGGAACUAUGCGGUUAUGAAACG